AGUUCUUCAAAGAACUUCUCGAAAACGCCGAGAAGUCGCUGAAUGACAUGUUUGUGCGGACGUACGGCCGUUUGUACAUGCAGAACUCGGAGCUGUUCAAGGACCUCUUCGUGGAGCUGAAGCGGUACUAUGUGGGUGGCAACGUCAACCUGGAGGAGAUGCUCAACGAGUUCUGGGCACGCUUGCUGGAGCGCAUGUUCCGGCUGGUCAACCCCCAGUACCACUUCACGGACGAGUACCUCGAGUGCGUCAGCAAGUACACUGAGCAGCUGAAGCCCUUCGGGGACGUGCCGCGGAAGCUCAAGCUACAAGUGACACGAGCGUUUGUGGCCGCCCGCACCUUCGCACAGGGUCUCGCUGUCGCAAGGGACGUCGUGAGCAAAGUGUCUGCGGUGAACCCCACGCCGCAGGGUACGCGAGCGCUGCUGAAAAUGAUGUACUGCCCAUACUGCCGAGGUCUGGUAUCGGUGAAGCCCUGUUACAACUACUGCUUUAAUGUCAUGAGAGGCUGCUUGGCCAACCAAGGGGACUUGGACGCCGAGUGGAAUACCUUUAUGG